AGUGUCCUCGACCGGGCGAUGAAAGUGGCCGCCAGUGCCGGUCAGGACCAGGUUCGGAGAGGUCGUCCCUGAACUCUUCCCCUAAGUUUCUUCUUGAUCUUCCCUGAAUUUUCCACAUCCGCAUAGCGAGAAGACGUCUCUGUCAUCAUGGGAGGCGGAGACCUGAAUUUGAAGAAAAGCUGGCACCCACAGACCCUUCGCAAUGUGGAGAAAGUGUGGAAGGCCGAGCAGAAGCAUGAGGCAGAGCGGAAGAAGAUUGAGGAACUGCAGCGGGAACUGCGAGAGGAGAGGGCCCGGGAAGAGAUGCAGCGCUAUGCCGAGGAUGUUGGGGCUGUCAAGAAAAAAGAAGAAAAGUUGGACUGGAUGUACCAGGGUCCUGGUGGGAUGGUGAAUCGUGAUGAGUACCUGCUGGGGCGCCCCAUUGACAAAUAUGUUUUUGAGAAGAUGGAGGAGAAGGAGGGAGGAUGUUCUUCUGAGACAGGACUCCUUCCGGGCUCUAUUUUUGCUCCAUCUGGUGCCAAUUCCCUGCUUGACAUGGCCAGCAAGAUCCGGGAGGACCCACUCUUCAUCAUCAGGAAGAAAGAGGAGGAGAAAAAAAGAGAGGUAUUGAACAAUCCUGUGAAAAUGAAGAAAAUCAAAGAAUUGUUGCAAAUGAGUUUGGAAAAAAAGGAGAAGAAGAAAAAGAAGGAGAAGAAAAAGAAGCACAAGAAACACAAGCACAGAAGCUCGAGUAGUGAUCGCUCCAGCAUGGACGACGAGCCCAGCCGGGGGAGAUCUCAAAAGAAGAUGGCAAAUUCUUUUCCUGUUUUGUCUAAAGUCCCUGGAUAUGGCUUACAGGUCAGGGACUCUGACCGUAACCAGGGACAACAGGGUACUCUGAUGGCUGGGCAGAAGGGAGCGUAUGGGAUGAAGAACCGUUCCCGGUCUAGAAGCUCCUCGAACUCACCUCUUAGAAACACCAGCAGGAAGAGCAAUAGGGAAGCAGGGUCCCGGGACAAGAGGUCUCGAUCCCUAGGCAGAAGGUCACGGUCCCCAAGGCCUAGCAAACUGCACAACUCUAAGGCAAACAGGAGAGAGAGGGACCAGACUAAGAGCCCAUCACCUAAAAAGGAGGUCUAUCAGAGGCGGCAUGCUUCUGGAUAUACCAGAAAACUCUCAGCAGAGGAACUGGAACGAAAACGGCAGGAGAUGAUGGAAAAUGCUAAGUGGAGGGAAGAGGAGAGGCUGAACAUCCUCAAAAGGCACGCUAGGGAGGACGAACGGGAACGGAGGCUGGAGAAGCUAGACUCCCGGGAUGGGAAGUUCAUCCACCGCAUGAAGCUAGAGAGUGCAUCUACUUCCUCCCUGGAGGAUCGGGUGAAACGGAAUAUCCACUCUCUACAGAGAACCUCAGUGGCUCUGGAGAAGAACUUUAUGAAAAGAUGAAAACCAUUCUUUUUCUUAUUGGUUUUCCUGAACUUUUCAGGGAGGCUGCUAACCCCUAAAAAAUUCUCUUUAUAAGAGUUCAGUGACUUCUUCCACAGAUUUCAAACCACCACUGUUCAAAGUGACCCUCGUCCAUCAAUUCCUGAAAUACUUUGCUUCCUUUGUGAAUCAGUGUGACCUGGUUAUGAGAUCCUAAGUAGCUUUUGCAGUAUGCAGAGUGGGUUUUGACUCUGUUUUAAUGGGCAGGCACUGAGCCAUGCCAUUGGGAAUAUUCAUCUUGCUCUGGAAGGUGGCCUGCUGGGUUUGUGAUGCUCAUGACACCUCUUUCCUCACACUUGUGUGAAUAGACCUAUUUCACUGCCUCAGGAUAGAUCAUACCAUUCUGAGCUCUCUCCAGAGCCACUUGGAUAGAUUGUGCUAACUGGGAUACAUGAAUUUAUUUGAUCUAGUAAAUAAUAUAACAGAAUGAUGUCAGAUUAGGGAACAGCCAAGAGAGUGACAAAGGAUCUGGAAGAGAAUACAAAAAGGUCUAAGUGAACUGUUAACUAUUUGGUUUGUAAAAGUAUAAUGUGUAUAUGUACAAAUGUAUAUUUUUUUACAUGCUUUUAAAAAAAAGUUUAGCUUUGUGAGAGUAUCUUGUUUGCUAAGUGAUUUUAUUAUGUAAUAUAGUACAGCCACACUGAACCUUGUGAGUGGCACAGUAAGGUAGGUCAGCUUAUUUUUCUCUGAAUAGGGCACAUUUAGGAGAAGCCUGGGUUUAUCGAUAGAAUCUAGGCUAUCUAUCUGAUCUCCCUGCUCCGAGUUUCCCAUGUGUGAUCAGUGCAGCAGUGUAGGCAAGUUUUUAGGAGUCAGGACCACAUUGCUACUAUGUUCCCUGGCUCCUAAAAGAAAAUAAAAUGGAAGCUGUUUAUUACAUGGCUUCUUUUUUUAUCAUGUACAAUGCUAGAUUUUCAGGGGUUGUUUCCUACUAUUUUGUAGCUAUUAAAAAAAAAAAAAAGUUCCCCCAAACAAAAAUAAACUCAAGUGGCCACUUCCCUGUUUUAACUGCUUUUCCCUUUAUUCCUUCACCAGAAGCCCUCAUUUGACAGGGAUUUCCUAGGCAAUUUUUUGUUAAAUUUUUUUUGUUUGUUUUUAUUUGUAAGUGAACACGAUAUCUUUAUUUCAUUUUUAUGUGAUGGAUCGAACCCAGUGCCUCACAAGUGCUAGGAAAGCGUUCUCUACCACUGAGCUACAACCCGCAGUCCCUCCUAGGCACUUCUGAGUCACAAGUUAGCUGAGCUAUUUCUUUGUUCUUCUAACUUCUAAUUCUGGUUAAAAUGUAUUUGGAUUUUUAUUUUUGAGCACUUUUGAUGCCAGACACUAAUGCUUUAAAAAAGUUUUGCCCAGAGAGAAUUUAACAUACUUUUGUUAUUCAUUAAUCACUUCAUUCUACUGCCCUAUGCUACAGUUAAUUAUGGUUUUUAUUACUUGGUAAUAAAGGUUACAUUUAUUUUUGUAACUGUCAA